AUGGCAAGUUCACUAGCACUUAAUACUGGUUUAUAUGGUUAUGGAUUGUCUUAUACGUUAGGUUUUAUUGGACAUACAUGUAGUCUAAUAACAUUCUCAUCAAAAAAUCUUCGUCAAACAUCAACUGGAUUACUUUUUAUUUUUCUUACAUUCGCUAAUAUAUUAUAUCAAUUAAUAACAAUUCGUGAUUUUAUUACAUUAUAUCUCUUAAUACCAACAAUACCAAGUGUAGAAUUAUGUCGUUUUUGUACAUUUAUUCGUAAUUUUUCAACUUUUACAUCAGCUUGGCUUCUUGUUCUUAUUGCAAUUGAUCGAUUUAUUCGUGCACGUUUUCCACUUAAACAAACUCGAUUAUGUACAUGUAAAAUAGGUUUUUAUUCAUUUAUUAUUGUAUGUAUAUGUUCAACUUUAUUUACAUGUCAUGUUCUUCAAUCAGAAUUUAUUUAUUCAGAUGUUAAAAGUAAUACUUGUGGACCUAGUCGUUCACCGAUUACUAUUUAUUCAAAUUUUUAUUUUAAUAUAUGGCCUAUUCUACAAGUAAUAAUUACAUAUUUCAUUCCAAGUUGUUUUAUGAUUAUAUCUGUAGUUAGUAUUUAUUCAAAAGUUCGUUCACAACGAAAUAUAGUUCGAAGAGGAAAAAACGAAAAAAUUCAACAACAUAUGCUUAUUUUAAUGAUUUCAAGUGUUACUUGUUUUGCUGUUUGUACAUUGUCAUAUUCUAUACAUCGAGUUGUAUAUUCACGAACGGGAGUUACUUCAGCAACAGUCGAUCAAAUUGCUAUAUUAACGGUUUUUUACAAUCUUAAUUUCUGUCUUACUUUUUAUAUUCAUUGUUUGGCAUCGAAACUCUUUCGACAAACAUUCAUUAAACAAAUUUAUAUGUGUAUUAGGAAUCAAAACAGACAACAAAUCAACAAUCAUAUUCAUCCUCUAGUCACAAUAACUAGACCAGCUGCGAGACGUACAACUUGGCAGAUUUAA